AAUAACAAAGAAAUUAUCUAAAGUUACGACACUCCAAUCGGCUGAAUUGUAUUUUUUAUUGAAUAUAGGUUUUUACCAGUGAAAGCGAUUGUGUGUCAUGUUCAGGGUUUUGUUCCGACCCUCACUAGGAAUCGUCGGCACACUGCCAAAAACGUAUUCCAAGACUGCUGAUCUUCCGUCAUCGACAACCCCGCCCGGCUCAAACAACCGGCGAGAGCUGAAAUAUCCUACCAAAGUACCACAGAAACCGCACGUUUCCUCCAUCACUUCCGGAACUGUGCCUUCCCGAAUUGAAGUAGACGAGCAAACAGUGCAGCUACUGGAGCGAUUAUCUCUGGUUGAUCUCGAUAGCAAAGAAGCUCACAAAACGCUGGAAGAUUCAAUUGAAUUUGCUUCUCGCAUUCUUACAAUUGAUACGGAAGGAGUGGAACCUCUUUAUACGGUGUUGGAGGGCCAGAAACUAAGCCUGCGAGAGGACUCAGUUACGGACGGAAACAUUCAGUCGGAUGUGCUGUCGAAUGCAAGCAUUACUGAAGAGGAAUACUUCGUAGCGCCACCGGGUAAUAUUCCGCUCGAACAACAGGAUCAAAAGGGUGAUAUUCAGAAUACCAAAAAUUAA